CUGACGGCGGACUUGUACGCACCUGCUGUACCAUCAGAACAUAUCUCUAUCAACCAAGGAAGCCGCUCAAUCGUCAAGAGUAGAUGGUCGCCAGUCGUAAUCUCUGAGACGGAUUACACGACAAUGGCUGCCGAAUUGGCGUUCUACAAAGAACGUUAUAAGGAAGCUGAGCACGAAUGUCGAGUCAUGAAGAAUCAGAGGCGACAGAUCGAGAGUGUGAACGAAACACCAAAAGACAUAACAAAGAUUCUCAAUCAGAACACACGACAAAUCAACAAUCUGAAACAACGCCUCGAGGAUCGGACAAAUUUGGAACGAUAUCUCUUUAUCAGCAAUACCCAGUGUGCUAUGUCGACUUCACAACGACUUCUUACACAAUUUCAGAUGCUGAAAGAUCAGCUCCCUACGGUCCUUGUGAUGGAUGGUGCAUACGAACCGCCAGUUGGGGACCUCAAAGGCACCUCUGCCGAUUUGGAUGAUUUGCUGUCCACCGUUUUCGGCAGAGACGCCUUGUACAACCCAGACGACAUGCCAGGCACUUUCCCGGCAUUGACCUCCUAUGAACUCAUACAAGCCCUUACUGGAGCUUCGUUGCAUGAGUGGAUCUUCGGAAGUGAAUAUCGAACGUAUGCGAUGGGAGUCACACCGCUUCUACAAGAAUACCGCAAAUUCGUUGCUACUUUAUGUGAUCACGAAAGUCUCUGCAAUCUGGAUAUUGCGGUGCAUCAGUCCAUCAUCGAGGAUGACAGCUUCAAGGAUGUAAUAGUUCCCAAGAUGAGCGAAAUGUUCACGAGCCGUCUGGUGAAUGCACUUGAGCCUCUCUUCGACAAGGACUCAAGACGCAAUGCAAUUCAAAAGCUGAGACCUUCACUAUACUCCAUAUUGCAUCUAGCAAUACAAAUUCGUUCGGAGACUUUGGUCAGCACGGAUUGUUAUCAGCUUAUAUGGCCUUCAGUUGGCUCGUCAUUUAACAAAAAGGAGAUGGAAACAAAAGGUACGGAAUCAAUAGCCGUUGCAGGUGUAGUCAGGCUGCCCCUUUGUCCAGGCAUACGGGCAUACACUAAGGAAAAGGCGCUGGUUGAUUACGGCGGUCUCAUGAGAGGCGACGUGUCUCGCAUGGGACCAAAGUACGUGAUGAAAGCCUUGGUCCUACGCUAAAACAGAUGCUAGUGAAUUAUUCAACUAUCAACUCCUAUGAAUGACAUCUCUUACAGCUUUCGACUCCACAGUGUCUGCGGUUACGCAAGGAUCAACGCCACGUGUACGCAGGAUGCUACGCAGUU